CAUACUGUACUGAGAGAGAGAGAGUGUGUGUCAAUGUGAGGGCACAUGUGCCAGUGAAUACAGCUGCCACAUGGAUAGGACACUUUAAAUCUACAAGGCAAAGAAAGUAACAAAGAAAGAUUAAACUUUGAAACCGAAUCUUGAACUUUCUCCUAUUGGGAAACCAGCAGCCGUAAAGCGAACGUGUUGAAUCAUCACUAUAUCGACACCCAUUAUCUCCUGGAAGAACUCAACUUAUAAACUGUCAUGGCUCCCAGCUUGGCCCAGGCGUACAGGAGGAGGUGGUGGAUGGCUAUCACAGCCAUUGUAGAGAACCUGCUCUUCUCUGCGGUUUUGCUGGGCUGGGGCUCACUGCUCAUCAUGCUAAAGAAUGAAGGCUUCUAUUCCCACAUCUGUAUUGAAAAUGAGACUGUCAACACCAACGGGACUUCAAUCGAGAGUGUGGAGUGGCAAAGUUGUGUGGAGCAGGAAGAAAUAUUGAACCUUGGCUUUACCAUUGGCUCGUUCCUCUUAAGUGCAGCAACUUUACCCCUUGGGAUCCUGAUGGACAAAUUUGGGCCACGCCCACUAAGGCUCAUUGGCAGUUCAUGUUUUGCAGCCUCCUGUGCAAUGAUGGCUGCCGCUGCAUAUGACCCUGGAGUGCUGUCUGGCCUCAUCUUCCUCGCUGUCUCCUUUAAUGGCUUUGGAGGAAUCUGCUUGACCUUCACCUCACUCACACUGCCUAACAUGUUUGGGAAUGUACGAUCAACCAUCCUCUCCCUGAUGAUUGGUUCUUAUGCUUCUUCAGCCGUCACCUUCCCUGGUGUCAAGUUGAUUUAUGACCUAGGCGUGUCGUUCCGCGUCAUCAUGUGGGUUUGGUCUGGUAUGGCAUGCAUGGUCUUCAUCAACUGCUUCCUAAACUGGCCUGCUGAAUCCUUCCCUGCACCUGAAGACGUCAGAUACACUAAAAAGGUGAAACUUAGUGGAGUUGUGACAGAGGACAAGAUGACUGGGGACAGGUACAUCACCCAUGUGACUGUCAUGGAAGACAUGAUGGGACCUAAGCAGCCAGAACCCCAGCAAACAGACUCCCCAACAACAACCCAGGGCUCAGUGCCACUCUGUCAUUCCGUGUGCACCCCCAUCUUUCUAUGGAGUAUCAUCACCAUGGCAAUGACCCAGCUGAGGUUGAUCUUCUUUAUGGGUGCAAUUAACAAGAUGCUGGAGUUCCUGGUCACCUACGGCGACCCCAAUCCUUCUGAAGAGCUGCAGUUGGAGGUGGAGGAACAAGUUGGUUUCUACUCAUCUAUCUUUGGUACAAUGCAGCUGUUGUGUCUACUCACAUGUCCUAUGAUUGGCUACAUAAUGGACUGGAGGUUGAAGGAGUGUGAAGAAGAAAAUGCAAUCACACUGACAGAGCAGAGCCUAUCAGAUCCUCCAAAGAGAGACAGAAAGAUCCAGAAACUGACCAAUGCCAUGAGAGCUUUUACCUUCACCAACCUUCUAUUGGUCACCUUCGGAAUAAUUUCAAUGAUUGACAACCUGCCCAUACAGGUGGUGUCCUUUGUUCUGCAUACCAUAGUGAGAGGAUUUAUUCACUCCUGCUGUGGCGGUCUCUAUGCUGCUGUGUACCCAGCCAACCACUUUGGAACACUGACUGGCAUGCAGUCAAUGAUCAGUGCUGCUUUCGCUUUGCUUCAACAGCCACUGUUCAUACUGAUGGUGGGACACCUCAGUGGAGAUCCUUACUGGAUCAAUUUGGGCCUUCUCAUCUGCUCCCUGGCUGGCUUCCUGUUGCCAGGCUAUCUGUUCUAUCACCGUAGAAACCUGAUCAGGGCAAAAGCUGAGCGUGAUAGGUUGGCUGCCAGCCAAUCUGACAAAGAGAAUGCUCCUCUAACCCAUUCAGAUAGUGGAACUUCUAAGAGCCAAGCCAAUGGGCAUGCGGCUAAUGAUUACACACAAAAUGGGCAUACUGUUCAAGAUGAUUGAUCAAACAGUUUUUCAUGAUCACUGUUUAUUAUUGACAACUAUGACAUCUAGCAAAAAAAAUAGCAAUACACAAUUCAAACAUAUUGAGCUAUAGUACCACAUCACAGCAAAGUUUAAUACUCUUUGACCUUUCUCUGAUUCCAUUCACAAAUGAUAUGUUAAGGUUCACAACAUGAAUUUUAGUUAGAAUAGUUUACAUGAUGUGAAUCGGGAUUUCAUUUCCCCACUAAUGUGAGACUAUGUAAGAAAUAGACAUUCUUACUCUACAAAUGGAAAAUUGAAUUCAUAAAUAUUGAAACAUUUGUUUGCUCCAUUUAAUACAUUCAGUUGUUUUGCUUCUCCCGCCUCACUUGAUCCAUUAAGACCAGUAGCUUUGGCUUGCUAAAUGUUAGCUAAUGUUCCAGACUUUUGCUGGAUAUUGCUUUAUAAUCAGUGAGCCACUUAAUUGACUUUAUCACUCUUCUCCAAGUGCAAUUAUUUUGCUAUUGCCACUCAUGGUAACAGUGGCUACCGUUUCCCAAGAAUACAGUCCAGCUUUAAGUUGGGAUGUUAAGAUAAUGGACAUAAACAUAAGCAACAACCACAGCCUUUGUAAUUCCAUAUUUAACAUACAUAUGGUUAUGUGACAAUUUGAAUUGGUAAUUUUCCUGUUGAAGUAGCUACUUACUGAAUGCAGCACGCUUGCGUGAUAAAUGACACUCAAGUAGUGUUGCAACUUAUGCUUUCUGGCUUUUUCCUUUCCUUUCCGGUGUUAUAUAUCUUUUUUUGCAUGUUAUGCGCCCACAAAGUGAAAAAGCCCAAAGGGACUGACCAUCUUCCAGAGAAAACACUGUUCACAAACUGCUCCAAACAGCUCUAUUGUAGUCCAGCCUUUACUUCCGUGACAAACGUUCAUCAUGUUCAUCACACCGUUAUUAUGCUCGCCUAGCUGCUAGCAUGGCACGCCCUCAUACUCUGCUUCUGACUGGCAAGCAGUCCUUACAGCACGUGUGAUUCUCCCAACAAAGAUGGAACAGAAGUGUGAUGCAUCACUCUGUAGCUAAAACAGUUAGCUCAACACACAGGGUGAAAAGAGAAGCAAAAAUAUGUUUGUUUGUUUUAUAAAUUAAACCAUGUAAACCUAUUCAGGUACAACCUCUAUACACAAUUAUGAACCUAAAAUGACCAUAAUUAUAGCAUUACAAUAUGCAGUUUAGUUGAUUAGCUUCCAGCCUGGCCCUGCACAAAAUGUAAAAACAUCCACCUACCAACACUUGAAAAGCUCACAAAUGAACGUUAUUUCUCAUUUGUUUUAUCUGUAAACAGACAUAAAUGUUUAGUUUUUUGAAGGAGUCAUUAUUUCUGACUUUAUGAAAUGAUAUUACCCAGGAUGUUACUUUGUUGUGAUUCCUUCUCUAACUGUAAAAAGGAUGUAACAUACAUUACUAUGAUUGUAACGUAAAUUUAACUGGGCAAAUGUUAAAUGUUUAAGCAAUAGCUCACGACAGGUUUGGACAUGGACUGAAUUCUUAGCAUCAGCACCAAACAGCCUUUCUGUGUGACACCUGUCAAAUUGUCAGUGUGAUAUAUGUUGCCAUGGCAACAACUCAGUUUGUUACAUUGAAUGAGGCAACCAACUCUCUUAGUGUCUCUGAGAUAUUUGGAUUUGAUUAUAUAAAUUUCACUUAAUAAGUUGACUAUUUAAAUGAAUAAUUUAAAGAUGUUUAACCUCCAACCCCACUUGUGCAGGCACAGUUUAGGAGUUUAUUUAAGAA